GUAAUAGGAAAGGGAAGUGAAUGAAGUCUGAACUCGUGAUCACGUUAAAUGUCUGGAUAAGCCGAAUAUUGUCUUAAUGUAGCUAAAUCGCGUCUGUUUUAACAUUUUAAGGCGAAUGUAACUGCACAGAAGAGGAAAUCCACGUGCACAGGAUGUUUUUGGCAGCAGGGCUCGUGUUUGUCUGCAGUGUUGUGGUUGAGGCUCGAUAUUCCGCUGACUGGAGCAGUUUAGACUCCAGACCUCUGCCCUCCUGGUUUGAUGAGGCCAAACUGGGCAUCUUCGUGCACUGGGGAGUGUUCAGUGUGCCUGGGUUUGGGAGUGAGUGGUUCUGGUGGCACUGGCAGGGACAGCAGCCUCCAGAUCCAAACUGUGUGAGCUUCAUGAAGCAGAACUACCCCCCGGGCUUCAGCUACCCGGAGUUUGCGCCUCAGUUUCACGCGCAGUUCUUUGACCCUGGUCAGUGGGCCGAUAUAUUCAAGGCAUCAGGUGCAAAGUACGUGGUUCUGACCUCCAAACACCACGAAGGCUUCACUACCUGGGGCUCCCCCUUCUCCUGGAACUGGAACUCUGUGGACACUGGGCCUCACAAGGACCUGGUGGGGGACCUGGGGGAGGCCGUCCGAAACCGGUCCCUUCACUAUGGACUGUACAACUCCCUGUAUGAGUGGUUCAACCCACUCUAUCUGAUUGACAAGAAAAAUGGCUUCAAGACUCAGGAGUAUGUUGUAAAGAAGCUGCUCCCAGAGAUGUACAACAUGGUUGUGAGGUACAAACCUGAGGUGAUCUGGUCUGAUGGGGACUGGGAGGCUCCGGACACAUACUGGAAUUCCACUGCUUUUUUGGCUUGGCUCUACAACGACAGUCCAGUCAAAGACACAGUGGUGACCAAUGACAGAUGGGGAGCGGGCUGUGCCUGUAAACAUGGAGGUUACUAUAACUGUGAGGAUAAAUACACUCCGGGCCAGCUGCCCAAACACAAGUGGGAGAAGUGCACCUCUGUGGACACGCGCUCAUGGGGUUAUAGAAGAAACAUGAGGCUCAAUGAGCUCAUGGACUUACCCACCAUCAUAAAGGACCUGGUUCAGACCGUGGCUCUGGGUGGAAACUACCUGCUGAACGUAGGUCCCACUGCAGACGGGACCAUCCCGGUUGUGUUUGAGGAGAGGCUCAGGGGCGUCGGAGCCUGGCUACAAACCAACGGAGAAGCUAUUUAUGCUUCAAAACCCUGGAGGGUCCAGUAUGAGAAUUCUACUCUACCAAUCUGGUUUACAUCUAAAGAUUCCAGUGUGUAUGCAGUGGUGACAGUCAAGCCUCCUAAGUCUAUUGUGCAGCUGUUGGCUCCCAAAACUUCAACAGACACCAAGGUGACUCUGCUGGGGAACUCCAAACCUCUGUCCUGGUCUCCUUUGCUCCCGAGCGCUGGGCUCACUGUGCUCCUGCCUGAGCUCCCAGACACUCCGGGACAGGCGUGGACUCUCAAACUAGAAGGUGUUCAGUAGAUGUUUGACUGCACAAACCAUAGACUGUAUAUAAAUGGACAGAGCUAACCCGCUAGCCGCUGUGUUCCAUAUAGAAAGUGAUAAUGGUCACGCUUCCGGCUCCAUCGACUCUGGCUCCAAUUCACUUUACAUUAGAAAACUAUGGCGGCUCGCUGUAACUGCUGCUGUCAGACUCGUUAUUUUGGUCUAGGUCCUAGUAUUUUUAUUUCACUAUUUUGUCUGUAAAUGAACAUUAAUAACAGACAAAUCAGGUGCUGUCUUUCCCAGAGGUUGCUCCAGCUAGCGUUAGCAACAGGUUUGAUUGAAAAGGGCCUUACCUUCGGGAACUACACUUGAGAUUGGCUCUUUGGUUGCUACGAUACUCGCCGGAAUUCCAAAUAACUCACGGCUCCAUAUUGGCCGCUAUGACGUCUCUAGCCUCUGGAGCUGAACGCUGUGACGUCACACUCCCUCAGUCCACUUCUUUAUACAGUCUAUGGUAUAAACUCAGGUUUACAAUCUUAAAGAAACAUUGCACUUUUUGAUUUAAGGGACUAAAUGUUUAAGAAUACUGUAACACUUUAUUACACUGAUUAUUACUAUUUUGUGAUGAAGAGGCUUGGUAAGAAUUCUGACAGAAACUUGCACCUCUCGACUUGGAUGGAAUAUUUUUCUUAUGAAUUAUUUUUAUAUCAUUUUAACAGAAAUAAAUUGAAAGUGAAAGUAA